UAAAUUUGUUGCCAAAUUUGUAAUUUUCAAAACUUCGGCCGGAGAAGAAAAAAAUGAGCGGCUUCGCGGUUUCAAAACCGGAGCAGAGUCAUUAUCGUCUCUUCGAUUUCGCUAAGACGGCCAUAAUCAACAUCUUCGCACAUCCUUAUACCACUGUUUGCGAAUUGUACUGUGGUGGAGCUCCCGACACUGACAAGUGGGAAGCUGCUCCAAUUGGUCAUUACAUUGGAAUUGUAGAUACAUCGUCUUCUGGGAUAUCUUCUGUAAGAGAAGCUUGGGAGAGUCAGAGGAAGAACUACGAUGUGGAAUUUUUUGAAGCUGAUCCUUCCAAGGAUGAUCUUGAAAUCCAGCUAAAGAAGAAGUUGGGGCAGGCUGAUUUAGUUUCCUGUUGGCGCCAUCUGCAGUUAUGCUUUGAAACUGAGGAGAGUGCGAGAAGACUCCUUACUAAUGUAGCAUGUUUAUUGAAACCAGGGGGUUAUUUUUUCGGUAUUACUCCUGACUCGUCUACGAUCUGGGCUAAGUACCAGAAAAAUGUUGAAGCAUACCACAACAGAAGUGGUGCAAAGCCUAAUGUAUUUCCCAACUACAUUCGGUCUGAAAGUUACAUGAUCACUUUCGAACUGGAGGAAGAAAAAUUUCCGCUGUUUGGAAAGAGGUACCAGCUGAAAUUUUCUGGUGACAAUGCUUCUGAAGACCAUUGCUUGGUUCACUUCCCAAGCUUAAUCAGGUUAGCGAGGGAAGCUGGCCUUGAAUAUGUGGAAAUUCAAAGUUUAACAGAUUUUUAUGAUGAUAACAGAGCCCAAUUUGCAAGCUUGCUGAUGAAUGCUGGCCCGAACUUCGUUGACCCUAGGGGAAAACUUCUUCCACGAGCAUUUGAUUUGUUAGGGCUCUAUGCAACAUUCAUAUUUCAGAAGCCUGACCCAGAUCUCGAACCUCCUCUAACGACCCCAAUACCUUUUGAGAGCUCCAAUAAACAUGAUGAGGCAAUGCUUCAGUCUCCAGCUCCUUGCCCGGAUGUUAUUGUAGUUGAUCCAUUUAUUAAGUUGUUCUUCACGACUUUGCAGAGAGAAUUGUCGGUGAUCACGGUGAUCACUGACGCAAGUGCACCGGCAGAAGAUCCAUCACAAGGACUAGGGAAGAUUAGUGAACAGAAAGGAAUAUUGGGACCAGGCCCUGCUGAUUUACGUUUCUCUGAGGCAAUUUGAUGCCCCUUUUCUUUUAGGAAGAUGUACUGCUUUGGUGAUGUAGCGAAAGUGGUAUAUCAGUAGUGGCACAGAUGAGCUAAAACCAGCGUCUGGGUUUAGCUAGCAGAUCACGUGUUCCAUGUAUUUUUAACAAACAUUUCCAAUUUUC